AUAAACUUUUCCCGGUUACUUGAAACGAGAGUUUGAUUCAAAGUGUAACCCCGUCUACGAUAACAGCCAAAACUCAUCCUAAUAACUGCAGGUAGAGUAAUGCAAAUCAGUUAUUUUUAUCUUUUUUGAGUGGAUCUUGGCUGCAUGAAGUAAACCAGAAAUGGCAUCACCACAAACACUUCAGCCUGUCCUGAAGAUGAAGGUCGACGAGCUCUUCCUCUUUUGGUUGAGUGAGCCAAGUACUCAGGCGAUGCUAAAAGACUACCUCAACAAAAUCAAGAAAGGGGAAGAAAUAGAUCUAAGCCACGCUGAUUUCAAGGGCACAAGCACAUUGUUAUUAACAGAAAACAACAACAACAUCUUUGCCUCGAAGAUUACUGCGACCGAGAGGAUGACUGCGGCCCUUGGUGCUCAGUGCAGCCCUCCUUCAGCAACCCUGCCAUCUGCGAGUGGCAGCAAUAACAGAGCAGGAGUGAAUGCGAGGGCCUUGCGACGCUCUGUCAGCACUAAGAAGCAGGCGCAGGCUAAGAAAGAGGAGCCCGUUACACCAGCUUUAAGUGAAAGCAUUCCAAAGUUCUACUUCCCUCAAGGACAGCCCCAGGCCAACAUCAACAUAGACAAUCUUAUUUCCAAGAUAGAAAAAAUAUUUUCUCAAUUUCCUGAUGAAAGAGUCACUAUUAAAGACAUGGGGCUAGUUGCCAAGGCUUGCGAGUGCCCACUCUAUUGGAAAGCUCCAUUGUUCCAUGCUGCCGGAGGAGACAGGAGGGGAUAUGUGUCCGUUCACAAGUUUGUGGCAAUGUGGCGAAAAGUGCUUCAGUCCUGUCAUGAUGACGCAUUCAAAUUUCUUCACCUUCUGGCCAAGCCAGGCUGCAGUUAUUUGGAACAAGAGGACUUUAUUCCAUUCCUGCAGGAUGGGGGGGAUUCACAUACAGGUCUGGCAUUUCUAAAGGAGGCUUCAGACUUUCACUCACGCUACAUUACCACUGUAGUCCAAAGGAUAUUUUAUAAUGUAAACCGCUCAUGGACUGGAAAAAUAACAUGCUCAGAACUCAGGAGAAGUAGUUUUCUACAGAAUGUGGCACUACUGGAAGAAGAGGAAGAAAUUAACCACUUGACAGAGUUCUUCUCCUAUGAACAUUUCUAUGUCAUCUACUGUAAAUUCUGGGAGCUGGACACAGAUCACGACUUGUACAUAGACCAGAGAGACCUGAUGCUACAUAAUGAUCAAGCCGUAUCCCACCGAAUGAUUGAGAGAAUAUUCUCAGGAGCUGUAACCAGGGACAGAAAGGUUCACAAAGAGUGCAGACUGAGCUACGCUGACUUUGUAUGGUUCCUCAUUUCUGAAGAGGACAAAAAGACUGAGACCAGCAUAGAGUACUGGUUUCGCUGUAUGGACCUGGAUGGAGAUGGGAAGUGUUUUUACCCCAUGUAUGAACUGCUCUUCCCAAGUAUUGUGAAUGAUAUAAUUGAAUAGAGUGAUGGCAGGAGUAAUUGAUUAUGAGCAUAAAAAAACAACACUUCUUAAGUAAAUAAUAUUCAAACGGAAUGGGCUCGGCUCAGUACAUUUUGUCAUUUUAAUUUCUUUCUUGUCAGCUAUGACAAUGUUCUAGACCCAGUUGAUCACAUAACAUGUGCUUUUGACCUGCGCAACGAGAAGAGACAUCUCUUUGAGAUCCCCAACCCUCACUGUGACCUGGACCUGGAUGAAUAUGAAUACGAGGACGAUUUCGAAUGACAGCCAACAACACAACACAAGUAAAGGCUACAAUCUGCUAGUGUGUAGAACAGGAAGUGGACCAAUCCUGCUCUCCAGUACUAAUGCCACGUAGUUCAGCUAACCAAGGCUUGAGAGUGUACAGAUACGCUCCCCCAGCCGCUGGAUACCAGACUGUAAACCAGCAGUCUGGCGAGGCUCUGUUUAGCAAGACAGAUUGUGCUGGCCCAGUCUCUCUGUCAGUCUGACAUCUAUGCACAACCAGGUUUCUGAAACAAAUGUAGCUGCACUGUAGGUUUCAAGCAACUACACUGGAACCAAACCGGUACACUUGAAAUAUUAAGUGUGCACUGUUUAUAAAUAUUUAAAUAUUUUUAUGCACAGAAUUGGCUUAUAAGACCGUGAUUUCAUGGAUGGUUUAUUUCUCAUGGAGCUCUGUCGACUUGCCUUAUGUGUUUGAGGGUCACAUUAAUAUGAAAUAAUGCAGUAAUUAGACUGACAUUUUACUGUCUGUGUGAGGUGUUUCUAAAUUAUAAUGUAUUUGUUGUUUGCCUCAUUUGUUCUAAACCUUUAGACUUUAGUCCAGCUAAAUGUUUUCAACAAAUCAUGUUUGUAACAUUUCUAUAGAAGUGCUUCAUAACAAUGUGCUUUUAUUAUUGUAAAAAAAAUCACUUUUUCAUCUUGAAUUCAAUAAAGUGUUCAGAC